GGGCGGGCCCGGAGGCGGGGCCGGCGCGCGCCAGGGAGGGAGAGCUGGGAUUUGGGCCGCGGCGGGAGCCCGGAGUCGGCGUCACUCGAGUGCGCAGGCGCCUGGCGGUUACCGGUCUCGCCAUGGAGCGGAAAGUGCUCGCGCUCCAGGCCCGAAAGAAAAGGACCAAGGCCAAGAAGGACAAAGCCCAAAGGAAGCCUGAAACUCAGCACCGAGGCUCUGCACCCCACUCCGAGAGCGACAUCCCAGAGCAGGAGGAGGAGAUUCUGGGGUCUGACGAUGACGAGCAGGAAGACCCCAAUGACUACUGUAAAGGAGGUUAUCAUCUUGUGAAAAUUGGAGAUCUAUUUAACGGGAGAUACCAUGUGAUUCGAAAAUUGGGCUGGGGACACUUUUCCACAGUGUGGUUAUCAUGGGAUAUUCAGGGAAAGAAGUUUGUAGCGAUGAAAGUAGUUAAAAGUGCCGAACAUUACACAGAAACAGCACUAGAUGAAAUUCGGCUGCUGAAAUCGGUUCGCAAUUCAGACCCAAAUGAUCCAAAUGGAGAGAUGGUUGUUCAGCUACUAGAUGACUUUAAAAUAUCAGGCGUGAAUGGAACACAUAUCUGCAUGGUGUUUGAAGUUUUGGGACAUCAUCUACUCAAGUGGAUCAUCAAGUCCAACUACCAGGGGCUUCCGCUGCCUUGUGUCAAAAAAAUUAUUCAGCAAGUGCUCCAGGGUCUGGAUUAUUUACACACCAAGUGCCGGAUCAUCCACACUGACAUCAAACCAGAAAACAUCCUGUUGUCCGUGAAUGAGCAGUACAUUCGGAGGCUGGCUGCAGAGGCCACAGAGUGGCAGCGCUCUGGAGCUCCUCCACCAUCAGGGUCUGCAGUCAGCACUGCUCCGCAGCCUAAGCCAGCUGACAAAAUGUCAAAGAAUAAGAAGAAGAAAUUGAAGAAGAAGCAGAAGCGCCAGGCAGAAUUACUAGAGAAGCGAAUGCAGGAAAUUGAGGAAAUGGAGAAAGAGUCGGGCCCUGGGCAAAAAAGGCCUAACAAGCAAGAAGAAUCAGAGAGUCCUGUUGAGAGGCCCUUGACAGGGAGCCCGCCUGAUGAGACGGCCCAAGAGAAACUUGAAGAGUCAAAUUCCAUUGGCCAGGACCAGACACUCACUACGGAGCAUGGUGGAGAGGGUGGUGCGCCAGAGAUUAAUUGCAAUGGAGUGAUUGGAGUCGUUAAUUACACUGAGAACAGUAAUGAUGAGACACUGAGGCUUAAAGAGGAUCUGCACAAUGCUAAUGACUGUGAUAUCCACACUUUGAAGCAGGAACCUAGUUUCCUAAACUCCCCAAAUGGAGACAGCAGUCCGUCUCAAGACACAGACUCUUGCACACUCACGGCCUCUGAGGUGCCUGAGACCAUGGUGUGCCAGUCCUCCGUAGAGCAGUCACUCACCAGACAGGACAUCACCCACCUCCAGGACAGCAUUCGGGCAGACACACCUUCUGGGGACGAGCAGGAGCACAAUGGAGCACUGGACAGCAAAGGAAAAUUCUCUGCUGGAAAUUUUCUUAUUAAUCCCCUUGAGCCAAAAAAUGCAGAAAAGCUCAAAGUGAAGAUUGCCGAUCUUGGGAAUGCCUGCUGGGUGCACAAGCAUUUCACUGAAGACAUCCAGACACGGCAGUACCGGUCUUUGGAAGUCCUAAUAGGAUCUGGCUACAACACCCCUGCUGACAUCUGGAGCACAGCAUGCAUGGCCUUUGAACUCGCCACAGGGGACUAUUUGUUUGAGCCUCAUUCAGGGGAGGAUUACACUCGAGAUGAAGACCACAUCGCCCUUAUCAUAGAACUUCUGGGGAAGGUGCCUCGCAAACUCAUUGUGGCAGGAAAAUACUCCAAGGAAUUUUUCACCAAAAAAGGUGACCUGAAACACAUCACCAAGUUGAAGCCUUGGGGCCUGCUGGAGGUUCUGGUGGAGAAGUACGAGUGGCCUCAGGAGGAGGCUGCUGGCUUCACAGACUUCCUGCUGCCCAUGCUGGAGCUUAUGCCUGAGAAGAGAGCCACUGCUGCAGAGUGUCUCCGGCAUCCUUGGCUGAACUCCUAAGCCAGUCCUGCCCCUGCAGCAGAGCUCAUCAGACGGACCCUCCCUCCGGCCCGCCCCUCAGACUUCCCUCUCCUUUUUCAGGGCAAAGCUCUUUCUUUCAAGGGUUUCUAUUUUUUCUUUUUUUAAAUCCAACAUGUUCAUUUGGGUUUGCUUCCUUGAUCCUGUGGAAAUCCCCACAGCCAUUGGGCAUCCUAGGUGAAUUUGGCCUUGGUUGGGCUCUGCCAAAGACUGAAAGUGUGAACGGCCUCACCCUCUGCCCUACCAUCUCAGUCGGUUGUUGGUGCCCUUUCUAAGAAGAGCUGUGAAGAUCUGUGAGCCUGUCCUCUUUAGUCACUGACUCUGAGAGUCACAUGUUCUCGUGCACGUCCGCCGCCAGCACGAGGUUGAGAAGGGGGGUGUGGAUUCUGUGGACAGCAGAGACAUUAAAUGCGCUGUAUCCAGGCUGCAUCAUCUUCCUGGAUUCUUUCUGUGUUUUCUAUGUUCACAUUUUUUUCCUGCGACUUUUAUGCUACAUUUUUCAAUGAGCAACCAGUUUGGGUACCAUUUUAUCACUGUUGAAAGUAUUGUUGGAUCCCCUCUCAUCUUCUCACAACCAAGUUCCCGGAAUCUUGAGUCUGAUUUUUAAUGUAGACAGAACGGAACCCAUGAACUACAGUUCCUGGGAGCCUCAGGGGCUGUGGAGUGGUCCUUUCCUGUGUCCUGUGUCACCCUAACAACAAUCACAGCAGUCUGUCCUCCUGUGUGGCAUCCCCUCCUGGAGCUUUGCCUGCUCAGCUUGAAUGGACUGUCUUGUAAUGAGCUUUGGGGUGAUGCAGACAGGAGAUGUGGGUUUCAGAGCUGUCCGGUUCAGGGAGUGUCCCUCCCACAUUCCAAGUCCUUCCAGACAGCUCUUUGCUUCCAUCCACAGCUGUCCUGCCUUGGCUAGAAUUCUGGCCUUGACUCAGUUUCUCUGUGUGGCUUUGCUGUUCUCGUUUCUCAGAGGCUCAGGGUCUUUGAUGAGACCCUGGGUGAAGAGCCAAGGGGAGGAGUGGAUGGCACAUUUCUCAUCCUUUUCCUGUUGGUUUUGACAUUAGUCAUCCUAUGCUGCUAUUUCCUUGUAUAAUGUAAGGGUUUUUUUUAACAUCAAUUUUGAGAUGAUUGAAAUGUACUUGAGGCUUUUUCUUCUUAAUGCAAAAAGGCUUUGUGAACUUUGUUGUAGGCUCGGCCCCUCAUUGUUUACCUAUGUUACUUGUUCAUGGGGUGAAGCGAGCAUCAGAAGGAGGACAGGAUUGGGGUCACAUGACAACUGCUUGCAAAUUUUAUCAAGGACCAAGCGGGUCUUGAUUUAUAGCACUCUCUGAAAACAGCUCAGUUUCUAACUUGGAGAAAGCUGCAGAGUUGCAAGCCAAGGCUCUCCCAAGCAAGCCAAUGAAACCCACCACUGCCUCCUUCCCCUGUGCAAGACUGGAGAGUCACCCUCGUGAGUAGCUUCCCCCGAGGAACUGGCCAGCCAGUCAUUGGCUCUUGAUUGGUUACCUGGCACCAGACAUGUUCCUGUAGAAAGAGGUUUAAGUCAGGCUGUCUAUGCACCUAUCAAGAGUAAAGAGCAGAUGACAUCACAUAACGGCAGGGAAAUCCUACAGCAGUUCUAAUCCACUCUGGGUUGUCAGCUGUCUUGACAUCUAAAGCAAUAGCAGACCUACCUGAAGCUGCUUCUCCGCAAACCCCAGCUGUGGGGAUAGGAAUCCUGGUGACACAAGGCGACCUAACCAAGAAACAAGCCAACAGCAGGCCUGUUUAACUCCAUGGGAAAUGUUAGUGGGGGGAGAACCUGGAACCUCAUUCCGGAAGUCCCACCAGAUAAGGGCUUUCUCCUGCUGCUUGAGGAGCCAGAGAACCUGGGAGAGGAAGGAGGCAGGCGCAGAGGCUGCCCUUCCGUGGGCUCCUGAGCCUGGCCGAGCUGUUGGUCUCACUGCAGGGCUGCUGUUGGCUCCUGGUUAAGGAUAUGGCCCCGAUACGUUUUAUAUUCUUUCUACUGAGUGCGAUGUUUGUGUCCUCACAAAUGCCGAUCAAUAAACAGAGUAUUUAAUAACCUG